GCUGAAAAAAGCAUUGAUCCCACGCGUCGAGUUCUAAAACCAAACACAGAGGAGGACCGACAGUAACCGGCGCUGUCAUUCAUCAUCCUCGAGAACUUCACUUCUAUUUCACUCGGACAGGAACGAGAAAACGAAGAGCUGUGUGAGUGACUUGAUCAAUGUGGAAAAAGAAAAGUGAAAAUGGAGAGAAUAACAGAGUUUAUGGGGAAUAUAAACGAGCAUGCACAGGUCGUCCCAUUAACAAUAUUCGUCGCUGUUUUGUGUCUAUGUUUGGUAAUCGGUAACUUGCUCGAAGAAAACCGAUGGGUUAAUGAGUCCAUCAAUGCCAUCAUAAUGGGAUGCAUAUCUGGAAUACUUAUAUUGGUUUUUAGCAAAGGCAAGGAUUCCCAUAUAUUGAGAUUCAAUGAAGAGCUUUUCUUUAUAUAUCUCCUUCCGCCUAUAAUAUUCAAUGCAGGAUUUCAGGUCAAGAAAAAGCAGUUCUUCCAGAAUUUUAUAACCAUUAUGCUGUUCGGUGUGGUUGGUGUUUUUAUAUCAGCGUUCAUUUUUGUAGCUAGCAGCAGGUCUUUAUUUCCAAGAUUUGGAUUUCUUGGUCUGACUGGACGCGACUAUCUUGCUCUAGGAACAAUAUUCUCGUCAACGGAUACAGUAUGCACACUGCAGGUUCUUCAUCAAGACGAGACUCCUUUAUUAUACAGCUUGGUCUUUGGGGAAGGAGUUGUAAAUGAUGCAACAUCAGUUGUUUUCUUCAAUGCAGUACAGAAAAUGGAUGUUACAGGGCUUAAUACAAGGACAACACUUCAUGUUAUUGGAGAUUUUUUUUACUUGUUCUUGACAAGCACAGCUUUGGGAGUCACUCAGACUGGACUUGUGACAGCAUAUAUACUUAAAACUUUAUACUUUGGAAGACAUUCGAGCAUUCGUGAACUUGCCUUGAUGGUGUUAAUGGCGUAUCUCUCUUACAUGUUAGCUGAGCUGCUUGGACUAAGUGGAAUUCUUACUGUUUUCUUUUGUGGAAUUCUCAUGUCACAUUAUGCAUGGCAUAAUGUAACGGAAAGCUCGAGAAUUACAACCAGGCACGUAUUUGCGAUGAUGUCACAUGUUGCAGAGACAUUCAUAUUUCUCUAUGUGGGCAUGGAUGCACUUGACAUUGAGAAGUGGAAGAUGAGUAAGAUAAGUUUUGGAACUUCACUGAGCAUCUGUGGCACACUAGUACUGCUAAUAUUGCUUGGACGAGCUGCAUUUGUCUUUCCACUCUCUGCUUUUUCCAAUUUCAUGAAUAGAGGAAGAACAUCAUCAAUCACAUUCAAACACCAAAUAAUUAUUUGGUGGGCGGGGCUAAUGAGAGGAGCGGUCUCGAUUGCUUUGGCUUAUAAACAGUUCGCACAUGCUGGAGUUAUAAGGAAUCCUAUCUAUGCUACAAUGAUCACCAGUACCAUCAUCAUAGUUCUAUUCACUACACUGGUGUUUGGUUUUUUGACAAAGCCAUUAAUGGCUUGUAUACUUCCUCCCAAUGCGAGUAACCAUGACAGUAAUUGGGAAACAAAGAUCCCGAAAGAUGAUAUUCGCCUACCAUUGCUCUCACUUGAAGAAUCUGCCACAACCAACUUCCAGCGUGCGACAGAGAGUUUGUCCAUGCUAAUGGAAAGUCCUGUUUAUACCAUACAUUACUACUGGAAGAAGUUCGACAAUACCUACAUGAGACCUUUAUUUGGGGGUCCUCAAAGCAAUCGGUCCGAAUGCUAGGUGUCUGUAUAAGCUUAAGUCAAAGGUUACAAAUUUAUGUGUUGAACAAUCUGAGAAAAGAGCUAUGCAGGAUGCUGCUGGUGUUAGUUUCUUAGUCGACCAGAUGUUCGCUCGUUUUGGUUACUGAGCUGUAAAUUCACAGAAUAUGCAGGUGAAGACUGAACAAGUGCAUUAUAAUGUCAGAAGCCUACCUUUUAUUAUAUAUUAUGUCUCUUUGGCCGUAAGGUUGAAAUGUUAAUGUUGAAGUUUUGAGUUUUUAAUUCAUAUUUUUUCUGUUCUUUUCGAGUUUUUGGGUGGUUAUUUAAGGAAAGAUUAUGGAUA